CUGCCCUUCCUUAAUAAUAUUAGCGUAAAGGGACUAAAAACUAUAUAUAGAAAUAAAGAAUUAAUACUAAAGAUCUGGUGUUAUAUAAUAGAGUAUAUUCGGAACCUUAAUACUAUUCUAGCAGAUCUUAAGCAGGCCGGCUGCAUAAUUAGUAGUAUAAAGUUCUUUUUUAGUAUUAGUAAAGUUGUAAUUAUAGGCUAUAAAUAUAAUAGCGCCGGGCGGCAUCCUAAUAAAGAUAAGGUGGAGAAGAUUAUAGGUUAG